UUGGAUAAAACACUAUUUUUAAUCACAUUUUUUGGAUGUUGGUUAUAUUUUUGUGAAUAUACUUAAGUCCCAAAGGCCAAGGCUACAAAAAACGACCAAAUUUUAUGCCAACUGUUUUUUUUUAGCUGGUACCUUUCAUGUCAUAUUUUUUUAUGUUUCUUAUGCAGUAUAGUUUGUUAAAAAGAUCAACGUGUAGUGUGAUAAAAAUGUCAGAGUUAGUAUGAUAAAGAAUCAUAGUGUAGUAUAUUAAAAAAUUCCAUAUUUUAGAAAGAAAAAAAAAGUCAAAGUGUGGUAUGAUAAAAAUGUUUAAACGUGAAACAUACAAAACAAGUGAAAAUAAUUAAUAAGAAAAUAAUGAUUGAGAAAGAAAGAAAGAAAGAAAGAAAGAAAGAAAGAAAGAAAGAAAGAAAAAGGGAACGAAAAAGAAAAAAAAAGAAAGAAAGAAAGAAAAGGGAAAUAAUAAUGUUGUUUUGCUACAUAUGGAGGAGGGUCGUCUAUAAUACGUCACUGACUCCUCCCACCUCCCCUCUCUCUCUCUCCCUCUCUCCGCCCCCUCACCACCACCACCGUGACCAUCCUCCUCCGCCUAUCAGUACACACCGAAGCCGAAAACAGAGCACCAUCCUGGGGCUUUAACCGGGUCGUCCACCGAGCUCCGUGCGGCAGUCAUCAGUCAUGGCGGCGCCGUUAGCCCACUUCGACGAGGACUGGCAGGAUUUUAACGAGUUUAAACCGACCUCCGCGACGGCAGAGCAGCUCGACCAGCUCAACUCCAAUGUGGCCGAUUCGUCGUCGUCGGGCCUCGACGAUUUCUCCGACCUGGACAACAGUUUCUCCGGGGAGAUCUGCAGCUUCAAAUCCAUGGAGGACCUGGUCCACGACUUCGACGAGAAGCUAACGGUGUGUUUCCGAAACUACAACACCACCACGGAGAACAUAGCUCCCAUUAAACCCAUCACGGAGGAUAAUUACCUGAAAGAUGACGAGUAAGUUGGACUUUUAUUCUCAUUUUAACGGCGCGAACUUUUAAUCUGUUAGCUAGUUAGCUUUAGCCUCGGCAGGCUAACACUGAGCGGUGAGUUAAUGUUAGUUUAGCUGAAAUCACUGCUGCUCAGAGUUUGGCUAACAGUUAAUGAAGGUUCACAGAGGUAGAAUAUACCUUAACAUGUCUGAUAUUAACAUAUACUAUCCUGUUAUUUAGAGUAAAUGUUAAAAAUAUAAGAUACGUCACGUUGUCAUAUUGAUAUAAUAUGGUGUUAUGAAGGAUGUUUUAUAGGAUUAAAGCUCAUGAGGUGUGUGUGUGAGGAGGGAGGGAGGUUUUGCCACGUUAACACUACUUCAACUUGCUUUUAACUUGGUUAAAUGUCAUUGUUAGGGGCUGAAUUUUGUUAAUAUGACGAUAAAUUUAAGCAGAUUGUGAUCAACACCAACAUCGAUACUGAUAUCGAUGUAAACACCUUAUUUUUUCACUAAGAAUAUAGUCUAUUGGCAUCUAAUUCCUCGUUACCCUCAUGGUGACUGUACUUAUGAAACAGACAUAAUGAAGACAAACUAUAUUUGACUAUUUCAAAUGGAGAAACAAUGUUAAUUUAAUAACAACAACUUUUCAGAACUGCAACAGUGAAGGAGGUUUCUAAAGUACAGUCACCAUGAGGGUAAAGCGGUAUUAGAUGCAAGAUAGACUCUGUUUCGAGUAAAAAAAUAAGGUGUAUGUACUUGAGAAACAGACAUAAUGAAGACGAACUAUAUUUGACUAUUUUGAAUGGAAGAACAAUGUUAAUUUAAUCACAACAACAGUGAAGGAGAUUAUAGUCAGACUGAGGUGUUUUCAUGCACUUCAGUUGUCAGGUCUUAAUCGGAGUAAGAUGAUAAUUUGGUUUUCUAGAGUGUCAUAUAAACGGACUGAGUAAACGUACAAAUGUCAUUUCUAUCAUUCCCAUAUUUUUAAUUUUCAAUCCAUUAAGAAAAUAAUCCACAUAGCUGCUGCAGCUGAUAAAAAUGUUAAUUUAAUAUCCUAAUAUUUGUCCAAAACCUGCUUAUUUUAGUUCAACCAGACCUGCUCCUCGCAGACAAACACCACCAACACAGUAUAAGCGCAACACUUCUACAUACAACCUAAUUUAUUUAUUAAUCAUGUGGAAUAUCAUCAAGUUUGUUAUUCAGCAACUACACUGCAGUCUACCUACACACAUCCAUACCUGUUUUUGUCGGCACUGAUCUAAUAUUUUUUUAUACCAGUCAUUUAUUGCUCUAUUUUAGACUCAUUCUUCUAUCUUUAUUUAUUAAUUUGUUUUCGCACCUGAGGUGAAUGUGUAUGUUGUGUGUACUCCUGCUGUCAACAGUUUUAAUUUCCCCACUGAGGGAUGAAUAGAGGAAUAUCUAAUCUAAUCUAAAACGAUGAACCCCAAUUUCUCUGAGUCAAAAAUGAUACUUUACGGGGUCUUCAACAGACAACAACCCCAAAAACUUAAAGACAUAAAGCAAGAAAAAGCAGCAAAUGCAUUUGUUUUCCUAAUUUGAUCAUAAUGUCAGCCCUUACAGUUUACAAACUUCAUUUAUAAGACAGGAGUUAUAAAAAUGACACCUGCAUUUACAACUUCCCUUUUAGUGAAGCAGAGGGAACUUAAAAAACGAUAACAUCUGACAGUGUCAUCCUCUGACAAGUAGAACAGAUAGGAGGUGGGUGAGUUAUGCAGCCCACACAGCUCUGUAACAUCAGGGGAUUGAUGCAGCCAGCUGCUGUGUUGUAUCAGCUGUAACUCUGUGUAGUCGUGUGGAUGUGUACCGUGAUGAGAUACAGUAACUGCUGGGACCCCCGGCUGAGAUAACAGGGCCUGUUAUGAUGGUACGAGCCGAUGCUGACAGUGUAACCUUUCUAGCAAGUAAUGAUGACAUGUAUGAAACAUGACAUUAUGUGUCAGUGGCAGGAAGAGAUAACAGGACUGUGAAUGGUUGAGCCACUUGUCUUAAAUGUUUGUCUGAAGCAGUUAAAGUCAUUUAUAGAGGAGGUUUAUGCUCAUUUCUAGGCUUUAUGGGGUCCUUCUGAUGGUUCAGUUAGCAACUUUACAUGAUUUACAGCUUAAUAAUAUCUUUAAUAUCUCGAAUUGGUGUCUUUAAAGACUGUCAUUUAGGCUACUGUUCUCUUUAAAAGGGAUAUUCCGACAUAGAAUUACUUUAGGGUCAAUAACACAGCAACACUGAGUUAGACACCCCCUCCAGAGAUGAAUGUUGCCGACCGCUUGCUUCUCUAGUUAUACCAACUUUAGUAACGACCGCAGGAUAGUAAUACAGAGAGCCGUGUGCUCAUCCAAAACGCCACUCUAUAGCCACAAAUAAUGCUCAGAACAGCACCUAACUUCAUCAACAGGACAUAUAGGGUCACAGCCAUAGUACUAGACACCAAACAUCUUUUAAACUUUGACUCAUUUCUUUAGCAAAGAGACUAAACACAACUCACCUACUCUCUUCCAGCAGCCGCUUGUUUGUAGCGAGACCUCAGGCCAGUCUAUUAUGGACUGCAGUGGGGUGCCGCAGCUCAAGGAAGAACAUUUAUGAUAAUUUCUUCAUCAUUUCCUUGAAGUAAUAAUCACCAUAUUAAUCAUUUUGCUGUGCAGAUGCAGUAGUUCUUCUGUCUUAGCGUCUCUGAUUGAAUUUCCAUGAAGAAAUGAAAACAUUAAACUACAGACCAAAUUUAUCACCUUCAAAUUCUUAUCUGUAAAAUUUAUAAACUAAUUUCUAAAGAGAAAUCUGCUUUUUCCUCCUUCACAUACUCGUCUCUAAUGGUAACCAUCUCCUUCUUCUGACCGUGGACCAAUCAUUUCAGCUGAACUCUGGUUUGAAUUAACGAGAGUAAUCAUAUCAGCUGGUUAAUUGGAAAUGGGAACUAAUUACUCGUGACAGAAAUAGCUCACCAUUGUGUAACUUCACUGCACAUUGGAAACACACACAAAAGCGUUUGUCUGCAGGUUUUUCAUCGCCAAGAGUCGAGGCGACUCGCAGUUCACGUUGCUCCAAAUGUUUAGAGAGGCUGGUCUUUCUGUCAGGGAAGCAUCUCUGGUUGUUGUUAGGUGAAGAUACAGAGGCGGGGAGGGGGCAGAAUAAUUGGACUGCUGCCUGGCGAAACCCAAAAAGCAGCGCCAGGCUCAGCGAGAGUCUUUUCUGGAUGACUGCUCUUUGCAGGACGUGCUCGGGCGCUUAACAAGUUCCCUUCUUUAGCGAGACUUCAACACGGCCGAGACGAACAACAGGGAUGACAGGAAGGAAAUGUGUGUUUGUGUGAGAAUGCCUGGAGAAAGCAAAAUGUGUGUGUGUGUCUGUAGGGGUGGAUCAUGUGUGUGUACUUGUGAUAAAACAUCAUUGGCAUAAAUAAAUUCAUGCGAGUCGUUCAGACAAAUUGGCACGGCGUCGGACAAAAACAAGAAGAUUGUUCCCUUGAAAUUUAGAUCAGCCGUGUUUUCAGAUGCAAAUGCUCUCUGCGCAACUGAGACUAAUUUGUGUAUUUUGGCGUGCGCUCACGUGCCUGAGACGGCGUCCCUGCUGAAGAGACAAAACACAUAUCCUCCUGCCAGCCUUUGCCCUAUUUAGAACGACCCCUCAGCCCCCCAUUCGCCAAGCUGUGGAUGAGCACCUCGGGGAGAAACAUGCUAGUUACAUAAACAUUCGUCCACAUUCAUGUGUGUUUGUGUGUGUGUGUUAGUGCGUGACGAUGCAGAGUCACUCUGACACAUGGGUUCACAGCAUCAUCCAUCCCCGUUCUGCUCGCAGCGAUCAGAGCCAGGAAUAAAAACGUUGGCCCGCUACACGUGCGCGCCUGGAUCUCAGCUCUAAAUGUUCCUGAACAAUUAUUGAUUUUAUAAUUUUUCUAUUCUCGUGAAAACUGAAUGAAACAGCUAAACACAAUCAUGCGAAUCUAUGGAAGCAAAUUUGUAUCAUUAUUUAAAUAAAAAUAGAUCAACAGAAACUCAUUUGUAUUUUCAGAAUGUAGCUCAGCUUCGUGACUCAUAAAUAAAAUUAAAAAUAAAUAAUCUGAACUGCAACUGCUUUUUCUUUUUCAUUCUGUAACUUCAUUCAAAUGUGAAAGAAAAAUCCAUUUUAGAUUUAAUUUUCAAAAUACGCCACAGUAAAUAUGGACCAAAACUCAAUUCGAAAUGUCAAAUCUCAAAAUUCAAAUGUAUAUUGUAUCAAAUGUAUAGCAAUAUAAAACAUUAAUACUUUGUAAAGACCUUAACCCGACAGACGAUGACGUUUCACAGCCAUAAAGAAUAACCAAUCAGAGCCCAGCACUUCUAGCCAAUCAUAGGCGAAGGAGGGCAGGAAAUUUUGCUUCUGGGACGGAUCAGGCAGCAACAGGCAGACAUGAAAAUGUAAAAGCAAUGGUCUGUUUGGUUUCUCUUGAAAUGAAAAUGCAGUUUGUAUUAUUUAUCCUUAAUUUCCUUUCUGAGUCAAAUUAUUCAGUUUUGAUUUUGUAACAAAAAAGCCAAGAAGUGCAGGUACAUUCUGAAAAUGCAAAUGCGUGUCUGUUAAAAUAUUUUCAUGUGAAAUAAUGAAAUAAAUUUGCUUCCUUGUGAAUCACCCAGUAAGCUUCACAAACACUCGACGUCUUGUUGUGAAUAUUUCUCACAGGGACACAGUCGUUAAAAUCAUACGUCGCACAUAUUUUCUCAGGUCUGGUCGCCAGUAAGUUUUAGAGAGAGAAGACGGAUUUCACAGUUCAACUUCAAACUUGUUUUCUCCGCCACCAUCUGCUCAGCUGUGAUGUUUCCUCUGCCAGCAUUGUAAACACGCAACAGUCUGUUGAAAUUGAGAUGACACUGUUUCUAAAUGAGCCGUUUUUGUCAACAAAGGGAGGGUGUGUGAUAAAAACGACCAUAUGUGUGAGAGGACCGUCUGCAGAUCUCUGUUUUCAGAGAAUUGUUGAAUUUCUCGGUCAUUUCCUGUUGUGAAACAUCAGAGUCGAUCUGCAGAGUAAUGCUGCGUCACAUUCAAAACAGAAGGAAGUUUGUUGGUUUGUCUGAUCUUAUCGUUCACCUCCUGUCAUUUCUUUGUUUUAUUAAAACUCCAACCUCUCUCUCUCGCUCUCCUGCAGGGUGUGGAACGCUCUGACGGAUAACUACGGCAACGUGAUGGCGGUGGACUGGAAGACAUCGCACACUCGCUCCUUACACCUGCCCACUCUCAACCUCAUCGAGCACGAGGUACGGCGAAAAAACACACGGAGCGGUCGACAAACAGGCCGGCCGCAUUUUCAUACUCAAACAGCUGUCACGGUGUCGCCUCGCAGGAACAGAGUCAAAUCGAACCCGUUUGCUCCUCCCACUUCAAUCUGCUUGACCACCUGUUUGGCAUUUACUUCAUGUUUUUUUUCUCUCUCUGUCUGCGAUUGACAGAAGUUGGAUAACCAAUCCCUGGAUCUGUCAGACGACGAGGAGCUGAGGGAGCAGAUGGACAUGCACUCCAUCAUCGUGUCCUGCAUCAACGAUGAACCGCUUUUCACGGCUGAGCAGGUGAUCUUUAAACCUCAUCGAGACGAAAUCCUCCAAAAACACAUCAACCAACUUUUCAAAACAACACCAGCUUUAGAUAUAAGAGGAUUUAAGAGGGCGGGGUUCACGGUAAAAGAGCAAAAAUGACACUAGAGCGUCACAUCAGGGUCUUACUCAUGUGCCUUUAAGGUCCGUUUAGGUAAACGAAGCUCUCAGGUAAUUACACAUCCGACAACUCCAGAGUCAACAACAUAACCUCACAGCGACAAAAAAUCAACAAAUAACACAACAGACAGAGAAAUAAGUGUGGCAAGAGGCUUUAUGAGAAAAUAGUGACACAAAACAGACGACUAACGGAGGAAUAUUAAGAGUAUUUCAUCAGUUUGAUUAAUUUACGCUCAUAUUUCACCUGAACUGUGAGGAUAUUUUCUCUCCAGGAAGGUUUUUAGAAAUCUUGUGAUGACCCAAAAAUAGAUUUCAAAAGGACAAAAACUCCAAACCAGAACAGAAAUAGAAACCUGAAAAAAUAAGUCACUGUGUCCUGACACAAAUAACCGAGCAGACGGGUGGAUCGAGGCGCUUUAACCCUUUAAUAUCCAGUCAGACUGAAGUGUGUACUCAGUGUUAGAAAAACUGAACUGUGUGUGUUUGUCAGGUGAUAGAGGAGAUCGAGGAGAUGAUGCAGGAGUCUCCAGACCCGGACGAUGACGACAGUCCCUCUCAGUCUGACCUCUCCAUGCUCUCUCAGGACCUCCACGGUUUGAAACGUUCAGGCUCCAACACCAGCUACGAGGACCGUGAGUACCACCAAACUCGUAUACAUCAUGUCGUGUGUCUGUGCGAGUGUGAAUGUUCCAGUAUUAUGUCGCUCUGUGCCGCUCUUUGACGGUUAUCUAAAUCCCUAAUGAAGAAAGAACGCUCUGCACUCUGCACGCGCUCAGUAACGUUCUUAUAUAAUGUGUUAUAGAUGCAAACAGACAGCGGUUCUGUUGUUCAUAGUCGUUAUGUAAUAAACAGCGUAUAUAUCGGGCUUGAACAGUUUCUGCUGCAGAACUUGUGUGGACUUAGCGUUUGCAGCCAGUUUACCUUCAGGCUGUAGAUCUAGUUUUAAAUAUCUACGUAAGUAAACUACAGUCUAGAGUUCAGGGAUCUCUGAGAGACACACAGGAUGGACACAGGACUUGGAAAAAUGUUUCAUUUAUUAAUUAUAAAUAUUUUAUUAUUUAUUUAUUUUAUUUGCUUAGAAUUUAUUUCAUUAUUUAUUGUUUUAUUAUUUAUUUGUUAUGAUUUUGUGACUAUUUUAUUAUUACUUUAUUAAUAUUUAUUUUUAUUAUUUUAUUAAUAAUUGUAUUAUUUAUUUUUUAUUUUUAUUAAUAAUUUAUUGUAUUUAUUAUUUUAAUUAAUUAAUUUAUUUAUUAUUUAUGAUUAUUACUAUUUUUCUUUCUUAUGUUAUUAUUUAUUUACUUAUAUAUAUAUAUAUAUAUAUAUAUAUAUAUAUAUAUAUAUAUAUAUAUGUAUAUAUUUAUAUAUAUAUAUAAUUCUGUAUUUUUUAUAAAAAUUUUUAUUAUUAAUUUAUUCAUUAUAUAUCAAUAUUUUAUUAUCUUUUUUAUUUUAUUUAUUAUUAUCCAUUGAUUUAUUAUAUAAUAUUAUUUUAUUAUUUAUUUGAAUUUUAUUCUAUUUAUUUAUUCAUAUUAUUCAUUCAUUUUUCAUUUAUUAGUCCUUUUUUAUACAGUAUUAUUUAACUUUAUAGUCUUUGUUUAUUUUCAUAAUGGUCCACUUGCAUGUUAAAUUUGUUAAUAGCGGCUCCUCAGUGUCCAAGCACCCGGCUGUAAACAUUCAUUCAAACAUGACCUUUUAGUUUUUGUAGUUCACGUGUUUAUUUUCCCGGAGCCAAAUCAUCUGCAAAGGUCAAACAAGGCGCCGCCAUAAAACUGGCCGAUAAAAGCCGAGUAAAUAAAUUUAAAAAAGAAUUUAUCAGAAGCUCCGACUCCUGAUUUUCAGACCUGAAGAGGCGACUCUUUGGGAAAAGGAUCUAUUUAAAAUAACUUGAAGGAGAAUUUCAGAACAUACAGGAACAAGAUCAGGGCUUUGUUUGUUACCGUUUGGCGUGCAUGCAGCAGAGCUAAUGGAGUCUAUUCAUGCUGAAUACUCGUCAACACGCCCACACAAGGACGCAGAUAUAUGCAUCAUGUGUCACUUCCUCCUGAUUUAUCUUCACGCCAUCCUCAGGGCUGCGUCAGCUGUCCGUGUCUGAGCUGACAGAGACUUUGGAGGAGGUGGAGACCGCCAUUCGCCGCUACAGCGAGGAGUUGAUCCAGGCUCUGGCCCUGAGGGACGAACUGGACUAUGAAAAAGAGGUACUUUUAGAUUCUGAUCCUGUUAUCACCAAAUAUUAACAUGAAACAGUCUGAAAACCUCCUCUGUGGUUAGAGAGUGUAAAUAAUUUGAUGUUUGUCUCUGAAACCAGGUGAAGAACAGCUUCAUCUCUCUGCUCAUCGACGUCCAGAACAGGCAGAAGGAACACCGCGAGCUGCUGAGGAAGAAGAAGAAGAUCCGAAGUACGACCACGACCGGACCCAACGGCCAGAGGACGGCCAGCACGCACAUACCGGGCACAGUGAGUCACGGAGCGCGGCACGAACAAACACACGAGCAUGACUGUUAAACACAUGACCAGUUACACACUGACACACACACACUUAGGUGCAUGCUGCAUGAGAACACAGACGGGCGCUUCCACACACACACACUUCCAGGAUCUGUGUCAAACCUUUUCUCCCUCUUAAUAUAGAAACUUCCUCCUCCUCCUCCUCAUCUCUCUCUCUCUUUCUCUCUUUUCUCCUCCCUCCUUCCUCUCACUGCUCGUAGCUCCUCACUCUGGAGGGACUCUCCAAUGUCAUUCAAAAUGGCCUCCGUCAAACUUUUGGGAACACAGGAGGGGACAAACAGGUGCCCCUGCUCUUUUUUCUGCCUCACACCCUUUUUCUUCUUCUUUUUUUUUAAUCAGCAGCAUGUUUCCUUCUCCAGGCUGACACUGGUGUUUGUCCAUUUAAUCACUUUUCUUUCUUUUCUUGUCUUUUAUUCAGCCUUCAUCUUCUUUCUUUUCUUUCUGACUUUUUUUUUUUACAGUCUUUAUUUUGCAGCUUUUCGUUUUGUUCUCGGACCAUCAUGUUUAAUCCCCUUCAUGCUUCUCUGGAGUCUUUUUUGUGUUUCGAGACAGUAAAAUAUAAACGACGAUUAAACGAUCUUCUCUUUCUUUCUUUCAGUACCUGACCACAGUCAUCCCGUAUGAGAAGAAAGCGGGCUCCCCACCUGUCGAAGAUCUCCAGAUUCUCACAAAGAGUGAGUCCACCUCUGCAGUCUGUAGUGUGGUUUUUGGUGGCCUGUUUUAAUUUUAGUUUUAGUCUUUGCGUCAAACUGUCAUUUUAGAUUUUAUUAGUUUUAGUCACGUUUAAACUCGUUUUUGUUAAGUCAAGUUUUAGUCGACGAAAACUGAUGACAUUUUAGUCCAGUUUAAGUCAAUAAUUUUAAUCUCUUCUUAGUAAUGUACUUCUGUUUAACCCAGUUAAUAUAGUGUAGUAUAAAAUCGCUAAAACCAAAGGAAACAGAAAACAACAACAACGUGACUAAACAACUUCAUCUUGUUUUAGUCAAUGAAAAUGAGACAUUUUAGCAGGAUUAUUUUGUGAACCACAUUUAAGGUCCUUACACACCGGGGCCGACGCGAAUAUAGAACGAAAUAAUGAAAUAUUCUGAGGUGAAUUUUGACGCACCUGACUAUACAAAAAAAAUAUUGACGUCUGAAAUAAUCGCGCAUAAAAAAACGCUCCUGGUGUGUAACAACCUUUCGUCUCGUCUUUAUUCAUCAACAUUAUUGGGUCAUAUAUUUAUCGUCACAAGACCGCCAUCUGCGUUCCGUCUCGUUUUCAUCACGUGAUAAAGGUUCGUUGACGAAAGCAACACAAGCAGUCUGAAGUCACUCAAACGUGUUUCGUUUCCAUAAAUAAUGUCUUUUUCCUCGUCUGCUAGUCCUCCACGCCAUGAGGGACGACAGCGAGAAGGUUCCGGCUCUCCUAACAGACUACAUCCUCAAAGGUAAACACACACAGUCGUUGAUUUCUGAGAAGUUUUGUUGGUAGCGGCGCUCUGUAGACGUGGUCAUCAGAGGAGUUACAGUAGAAAGAUGUUGAUGUGGUUUAGCUGAAGGCUUCACUGUUGACCUCUACCUUCCUUGUCUUUCGUCUGUGCUGCACUGUCCUUUGGGUAGCUCUGGUAUGAGAGCAGAGGAAUACCAAGGUUUGUGAGGCACUGGCUCAUUAACACAACUCUCCACCUUCAGCCUCCUCUUCCUCUUCUUCUUCGUAGCAUCACCUUCUUCUUCUCCCUCUCCAAAAACAGCAGCAGCCUCCCUCACUCACUCACUCACUCACUCACUCACUCUUCGUCGCCGUAGCGCCCAUAGUGCUGAGCAGCUUCUGCCUAACCCUGACACACACAGCCCCCCUCACUCACUCACCUUUAACCCCCAGCUUCUCUCAGCAGCUUCUUCUCACCUCUCUCACAUGUUCUCCCCUUCUCGGUAGUUGCUCUUCCAUUUUUCCAGCUCUCCUCCAUGUGUCUUAAUCGUCGUCGGUUUAUUAAUCGUCGCCUGAUCUGCUUUUGUCUCCGCAGUUCUUUGUCCCACAUAAAGCCAUAGGAGAGCCUCCUGUUUCCAGAACCGCGGAUCAUCGAGAGGGUUCUGGGAAUCUGGAAGAACCUCGAAAGGGGAUUUCCAAAUCCUUCUUCCUUCCUUUUUUUCGACACAGACUUUAUCUUUUUAAAUUUUCAGACUUGUUUUAACUCUAGACUUAACUUUUUAUUCCUCAUAUCUUAACUUCUUAAUGCCUGAGUGCUAUAACCCUGUAUACUCUGACUGCAUGAUAACCCAUCUAUGGAUGCCAGUGAUCAGUAUUAACCAACACGUCACUCUCUGAUUUGCCAGCAGUCUUGAAUAGAGAGGGGUCAGCGGAUUAUUUGAGUGGAUCGGUGUGAAAACGCAGAUCUGUCAGAGUCUAGAAGUCCACGCUGCAUGCGCUCUGUUUUUCCCUUCCUGUCUUAUAAGCUGUUCGAUCGCAUUAAACGUUGAUUCUCAAGAGCAAACCCUUUAACUUAAAAAUCCCCGAUCUUACUGCCCCACCCGUCUCUGCAUGUGGAUUUUCGGGGUUCAUGCUGGAAAGUAGCUGAAUGUUCAAAUGAAAUAUUUUGUAUAAGAGGAGGAGAAAAUUGCACAGUUUAGGCGACUUUUUUUACUGUUUUUGCAAAAAGGGAUGGAAACGACUUGAGAAAGUAAAGCUGGAUGAACAAACACGUAAAAGCAUAUUUUUGGAGGAGGUUAUUUUUUUGUGAGAUUUAGGGACUGUCCAGAACCGGCUUCAGUGACCAGAUCCUGUCCUUUGACCUCUAAAGCCCCGUAAGUAGUGACCACCAUCCCCGACAGCUUUAUCACCUCCCCCCGAAAUCGUCUUAACGUCGAAAUACCUCGUCUAACAUAACUGCGUUUAGUAACAUGAGUAGUCUAGUGGAGAUUAUAAUUGUGUAGCUUCUGUUAAAAACUGUGGGUGAACCCUUUAAUCGUUGUGAUCAUUUCAUGGUAGCACUUUUGUCCGUCAGUGAUCCGAUUGUGUCGUAGUGGAAAAAUUUGGCGGAGGUUCGCCUCGUUAGGUUAGCGUUAGACGAAGCUUAGACGCUUUUAAUUAGCGGUGCCAAAAGUAAGUCAACAUGAGACAUUGUUGUCGUGCAUCCGUUCAGCCGUCAUAGACGAUAAACAACAUUAAAGGGGUAUUACGCUGAUUUUAUUCCAGUUGAUGUCGGUUUAGUUUUUAUAUAGAGACUUUUUCAGUGAAGUACUUUUAGCUAAAUGUUUUUAACUUAAGUCACAAAUUUAAGGAAGGGACUCGGGUCAAACAAAUGUGGUCUUCCUUUGGGGACUUUAAGGAUUCAUGUUAUAGACUUACACUACGUUACCUCGGAAGUCAGAAGUCCGAGUUACCAGUGUCCGAUAUAAGCAAGGACAAGGCAAGCGCUAAACUAACUUUUGUAGAUGUAGUCAUCUUGUUUCUGCCUUCGAUUUUGCUUUUUUCUGACUUGGUAACUGAAACAUCGAUAACUUUGGUGUGACAUCAUUCCCAGCUCAGACAUCUGACUUCGAGGUAACUCGAACGCAGCAUUAGGCCCCGUUUAUAUGUACCUGGUCAUUUUUAAAAACAGAGACAUUAACCAUCAUUUAGCCACAAACAAAGAAUUCGCCUCUGAAAGAGAUGUUUUUUAAAAACUUCGACCAGAGAGGAGAUUUUGGAAAACUCUGUUUGGAUGUAAACCGAGAAAGACUGAGAUUUCGGUAGCCGACGGAAGAUUGUGCGCCGGAAAGAAGAAAGGGACGCUGUUGUUGCUGCUAGGCGGGAUUUUGAUUGGCUAACGGGGGCUUGAGCUUCUCGCUACACUGCCACCUACAGGUGUGGCAUGCUCUUGACGGCAUAUAUACAAGUGUUAGUGUGACUGAAAACUUUUCUAAGAAACGUAGCAGUGUUUUUUGUAAACAGAGAGGAUGAAAUGUCCGUUCAUGAAAAUAGCCGGGCACAUGUAAACGUAGAAUAUAAAGGUAUCUUUGAAUUAAUAAUUCAAGCAAAAAAGUAAAUCCGAAUUGAUUUAUAAAAAAAAAAAUAAUUUACUUGCUAAAUAUAUAACAACGUAAAUAUCUUUUUGAUUUUACUUUCUCUAAAUGCGAUAAAUCACCGCAGCACCCCUUUAAAAACCACAAACAUCGACUCUCGCACUACACGCCUACAAUCUGACAGGAAUAUCACUCAGAUCACCAGCGACUCCAGGUGCACCACACACUGUCGGACCAGGUCUAGUCUAGCUCUCAGGUACUAUCCUCAGUGUUACUCUGAACGGUACUGACAUUCCUGAGCCUUUGUACAUUUCUAUCGACGUUCGAUCAGCUAGACCUGCUGCGCAUUUAUCGUCUACACUCGAAAAACCUUGAGGAAUCACAGUAGCCUCUAGGAUCGAAUCAGGGUAGCAUUACAAAUGUUGAUUAUGUCGUUAGUUUGAAGUCUUUACCCCGCUUAAUCGUAACAGUCGUAUUCGUAGCCGGCUGCAGUAGCGUCCGCUUAGUGUAGCAGUCUAGUGACAGUAGCGUAGAUGCAAAUUAGAAAACCCGAUCUAAUUCUUCUUGAAAAAGUAGUUUACUUUUACUCGUUCGAGUUCGUCAUGCAUGUGUCUAAUGCAUGUAGCCACAUUAGAGAGCGAGUAAGAAGACGAUAAGGGGCGUGAUAAAGGACGUGAAAAAUGGGGACGGUUGCGUCAGUACGAGGAGGUCAUUAUUUUUGUCAAGAAAGUUGUAUCAUAUUUAACUAUUUAUAUGUAACUAUUCUUUCCCUUCGAACAUUCAUAACCUAGCAUGUGCUUCAUGCACUUUACUGCUAAUAAUCCAAGUUUGAUUACUUUUUUGUUUUUUACGGAAAUAUUAACGUCACACUAAAGGGAAACACGCAUGUAUUAAAGUAAGUGCAGAAAAAGAAGUGGCAGAUAUUUUAACUGUUAUUAAUGGUUGAAUUUAAUCAAAAAGGGUAAAGUUGGACUUGAAAAACACGCCAGCCAUUUGAGUAAAAAGUAGCUGAUAAACUUAGUAAACGAUCAGUACGACUACUUUGUAAAUCGGUCUUUGUUUUAUAAUGAAACGGCAGCAUGGAGGAGGGCUGUGUCUCCGCAGCGCUCCUUGUUAGCAGACAUAUCUGUGUAACUACAAUUUAGAGAUUUAUAUUUAUAUAUUUACAGCAGAACAAGCAACAGAAAAAAGAGGCUGCCUUUGUAAAUGCCUGAAGAUUUUUGUACAUUAAACCAAUUUUUUUGUUUUUGUUUUUAAUGCAAUAUAAUUCCCAGUUUGGGGUUUUAUGUUUACCGUCUCAUGUGGUACUGCAGUAUAUUAAUUUAUUAUGUAAAUGUUUGUUUUGUAACCAUAUUAUUGACUGUAAUGGUACAAGUGUUUUGUGCCCUCGUUGAAUUGCAACUCAUUUCAAAUAAAUUAAUAUGUGAUGACGAUGUUG